AUGACCUCUUUGUCCUCCAUGUUCUCUGCGUCGCAGUGGCAGAUUGGGGUAUCCGUCUUCGGUCUACUAGUCGUUAUUGUCUACUCCUACCGUUCUCGCAAAACCAAUCUUCGUCAACUGCCCCUACCUCCUGGUCCAUCAGAGUCUCCCACUGGGCAUUAUCCUCCCAGGAAGAUUGCUCAGUGGAUAGAACAAUACGGACCAGUCAUUUCUCUCAACGAUGGAAAAAAUGUACUAGUCAUCGUCGGACGUUACCAGGAAGCGAUUGACAUCAUGGAGAAGCAGGGUGCACACCUCGUAGACAGGCCUCGUUCCAUCGCUGGCGGUGACAUCCUUGGAAGAGGAAUGCGAUUCGCCCAAAUUCGCUCUGGCGAGAGGCUCCGCAAAUUUCGCAAAACUUCGCAUGCGCAUCUCCAAGUGAAGUCUGCUCAGUCUUAUGAGCCGGUACAGGUCGAACAUGCCCGUGACAUUAUUUUGGACAUACUACACGAACCGAAAUUACACCAGCAGCACAUCAAACGUUUUGCAGCAUCUGUAAUUUUACGUGUCGUAUAUGGGAAGACAACCCCUACUUCGUUGAGCGACCCAUAUUUAGCACAGCUGCAAAAGAUGAUCCCAAGGAUUCAGGGCGCGAUGGUUCCAGGUGCAUACCUCGUUGACGAGUACCCCAUCCUCAAAUAUGUCCCUGGUUAUGGACGAAACUUGAAAGAGUGGAGUCAGCAAGAAUACGACAUGUUAUUCGGCCAGCUAAAUCAGGUUAAAAGUCAAAUGGACCACUACAUCGCCCCUCAUUCAGUUGCAAAAGAUCUCCUUCUGCACGCGGAGGAGAACCAGUUGUCUGAGACAGAGAUAGCAUAUCUCUCUGGGUCCCUCAUCGGAGCAGGCUCGGAUACGACUGCUGUUGCGAUUACAACAGUUUUAAUGGCUGCCGCGCGUUUCCCACACGCACAAGCUCGCGUACACGAGGAACUAGACUCCAUCAUCGACCGAGAGACUAUUCCCGUGUUUGAGGACUGGUCGCGGCUUGUUCAGGUUCAAGCCUUCAUCCUGGAAGCUCUUCGAUGGAGGCCUGUCAAUCCAAUAGGUUUACCCCAUCGCGCAACGAAAGAUAUCAUUUGGAACGGCAUGUGUAUCCCUGCUGGCGCCACUGUCUUCGGAAAUCAUUGGAGCAUCGCGCGUGACCCCUCUGUCUAUCACGAUCCUGAAGUAUUCAAUCCACAACGAUGGAUCGGUGCAGACGGAGAAAUUAAAGAGAACUUGAAGCUGUUCACUUUUGGUUUUGGAAGACGUGCAUGUCCGGGCUUGCACGUUGCUAACAGAUCAAUGUUUAUUGCUGUUGCUCUUAUCCUCUGGUCCUUUACACUAGCAGAAGACUCUAGUGAUCCUAUCGACGACACUGCCUUUACCCCUGGCAUAGUAUCACACCAGAAGCCUUUCAGCAUGACCUUCAAGCCUCGCAUGGACGAAGCAUCAUUGAGAAACAUCUUUUGUUCGACCGCCGUAUAG